AUGGCUAUGUGUCCGUGCUUAAGUAGGGUUAGUUUCAACUUCCUUCCGCCGGCUAGAAUAGAUAGAACUGGGUUGCACGGCAGCUCUUCAUGUCGGUUGGCUGUAGGGUGGGUGACGUUUACAUUUGGGAUCGUCCGUCUAGAUCCACCGGGUGAGAGUGAAGGGGGUGCCAUGGACCACAAUGGGAGGAAGCUGGUUUAUAAGGCGGUAAUCGCCCUUUGUUGGGAGGGAGCCGGGAGGGAAGAGCUCCCCGGAGACUCCGGGACAACCGUUUCGUUGUCGACAGCUGGCAUCAAGCUCGUACCUGUCUGGCUGACAACCACACCUUACGCCUUCAGAGACCAGAGAUCUGACCUGACCAGCUUAGCUGGACCGAGCACUGUCGUUACCCCAGGUUUUUUCCCAUUCAUGGGUCAAAACUGGCAGGAUUUGAACAGCAGCAGAAUCAUCAAGAUCGAUGUGGAUAUAACGUCCCAAUUCUACAAUCAAAUGUAG